UUUAAAUUCACACCAACUUUAAACUUUUAAAACACUAAGUGGUUGAGGAGGCUGUCGCAACUUCGGGCCUUAAAACUAAAAACUUAGUGGCGCAAGAGCCACUUCAGAGGAAAUUUGGCUAACGCUAGCUAAACGCUAGCUAAGCUGGUUGAAAAAUAACACCAACACAUAGCAUUUACAAGGGGCUGGAAUUAGUGGUACAGUUUGCAUCUAAACUCAAAAAUGCGGGAGAUCAUGAAGAGUGUGAGCCACCUGCAGGCCAGCCAGCUGCUCCAUAACAAGUUCAUGGUGGUGUUGGGAGACUCCAUUCAGCGGGCAGUGUACAAGGAUCUUGUUCUGCUGGUACAAAAAGAGAAAUAUCUUUCCUUGAGACAACUGCGGAGCAAGGGUGAGAUGAGCUUCGAACAGGACUGCCUGGUGGAAGGGGGCUGUCUGGGUCAAAUGCACAACGGCACAGAGUACAAGGAAGUUCGACAGUUUCAGUCCGCCCACCAUCUGGUCCGUUUUUACUUAGUGACGCGUAUCUAUUCUCGCUACAUGAAGAGCAUCCUGGAGGACUUCCGCCAUGGUUUGAAACCAGAUGUGGUUUUUGUUAACUCCUGUGUUUGGGAUAUUUCAAGAUACAGUUGCAGCUGGGUUGAUGACUACAAGGAGAACCUUCAUAGGUUCUUCGACGAGCUGCGUGAGGCUCUGCCAGAGGAAACGCUGGUUGUGUGGAACCUCACCAUGCCCUUAGGAGAGAGGAUCAAAGGCGGUUUCCUGGUGCCUGAGAUUGAGCACAAGGCACCCCAGUUGCGCUACGAUGUGAUUGAAGCCAACUUCUACAGUGGAACUCUGGCCGAUGUCUAUGGGAUGGAUGUAUUGGACCUCCAUUUCCAGUUCAGAUUCUCACUGCACCAUCGAAUGAAGGACAGAGUCCACUGGAACGCAGUUGCUCAUCGCAAGAUAACUUCUCUUCUGUUACAGCACGCUGCAGAGGCCUGGGGUGUGAUAUUGCCCUGUCCUGUGAUAUUGCCCUGUCCUGUGACUGUCUAUGGUGAAAGGAAGUCAGGAGUCGCACAUCACACGGAGGUUGCUGAGGAACAGCCAACCUAUAACAGUGCCUAUUCAUCCUAUUCAUCCUGCUCCAGUUCCACCACCUUCUUCAUCACGUUCAGAAGCGAGAGUUGA